UCUCUAGUCUAACGUACCACCACUGAAAUUUAUUGUUUGUCAUCUUCUGAGGUUUAAUCAGUUUAAAUACCGCUUGAAAAGAAAAAUGUUUCGCAAUCAGUAUGAUAGUGAUGUUACUGUGUGGAGUCCCCAGGGCCGGCUACAUCAAGUGGAGUACGCUAUGGAAGCAGUAAAGCUUGGAACCGCUACGGUGGGGUUAAAAAAUAGUGAUUUCGCUGUUCUCGUAGCACUGUGCAAACCACCAUCUGAAUUGUCUGCAUCACAAAGAAAAAUUAUUCCAAUUGACGAUCACCUUGGAAUAUCAAUUGCUGGAAUUACGGCAGAUGCCAGGGUUCUUAGCAAGUAUUUGCGUUCAGAAUGUUUAAGCUAUAAGCAUUCUUAUGAUGCUAACUAUCCCGUGUCCCGACUGAUUACAAAUUUGGGAAAUAAAAUGCAAUCAACAACGCAGAGAUAUGAUAGGCGUCCUUACGGAGUGGGCCUACUUGUAGCAGGCUACGACGAAAAGGGACCUCAUAUUUACCAAGUAGUUCCCUCUGCAAAUUAUUACAAUUGCAAAGCUAUGUCAAUUGGAUCACGCUCGCAAAGCGCGAGAACGUAUCUAGAGCGAAACUUAUUAAAAUUUAACAACUGUACUAAGGAUGAGAUUAUAUGUCACGGUAUUAAAGCGAUUCGAGGCUCUUUGCCGAAUGAUGAACACACAACUAAAGAAGAAAGUUCAUUCCAAAUGAACAUUGCUGUUGCUAUAGUAGGCAGAAAUCAACCAUUCAAAAUACUUAGCGGUGAAGAAAACUCAAAAUAUCUAGAAAUGAUUAAAGAUUUUGAAACUUCCGAGGAAUCGCCCACGGCUGACGACGGUGAUGACAAUCGUCCUAGGCGUGACGACCUGCCUGAUUCAAGUGAUCCGAACGUCUUAGUUGCCACAAUGGAUCGGCCUUAAGAUUAUAUUUCCACCAAAUUUAAGAAACUUUUUAUUUUGCAUUAAAUAAAAGCUCUACGCAACCCUGAUAUAUAAUUGUUCAAAAUAUUACAUUUUUAAA